UCCCUCUCCCCACUGUAGUAGACUACUCUAGAGAGAGAAAGUGAGAGUUCCAGAGAGAGCGAGAGAGAGAGAAUGGGGUUAGCGAACGAGAACCCUUUCCCCUUCUCCGCGGCGAAGCUCUCGACCUCUCCUCGCUUUUGUAAUCCGAUUAGUAGAAGGAUAUUCUCAGAUGUGGCUGGGGAUAUAACUAUAUAUGUGGAUGGGCAAUCGUUUUUAUUGCAUAAGUUCCCUUUGGUUUCUCGGAGCGGAAGAAUCCGGAAAAUGGUGCUGGAUUCCAGGGACCCAAAUGUCUUAAAAUUGGAGCUCAUAAAUGUGCCAGGAGGUGCCUCAGCAUUUGAACUUGCCGCCAAAUUCUGUUACGGGACAAAUUUUGAAAUAACAACCACCAAUGUAGCCCAUCUCCGAUGCAUCGCCGAAUAUCUGGAAAUGACCGAAGACUACCAAGAGGAAAACCUUAUUCUUCGAACAGAAACCUAUUUGAAUGAGAUUGUGAUGCAAAGCCUCGAAAAGUCUCUAGAAGUUCUAUGUUCAUGUGAGGGCUUGCUUCCUGUAGCUGAAGAAAUUGGCAUUAUAGAUAGAUGUAUUGAUGCAAUCGCUGUGAAUGCAAGCAAGGAGCAGUUGGUCUCUGGUCUGGCUCACUUAGAAUUCGAAGGUGGUUCCGGGAAAUUGCGAAUGAAUUGUCAGGACUGGUGGGUGGAAGAUCUUUCGGUACUAAAAAUCGACCUAUAUCAGCGAGUAAUUGCUGUGAUGAGGAGAACGGGAGUGAGAUCUGAUAGUAUUGUUACAUCACUUAUGCAUUAUGCUCAAACUUCUCUAAAGAGCGUCGAGAGAAGGCAAAUUUGGGAUUCUGGCCUUCUAAUUGGGGAAAAUCAGAGGUUGAUUGUCGAAACUCUCGUGGGUCUCUUAGCAAAAGAGAAGCUCACACAACUUCCUCUAUCCUUUUUGUUUGGGAUGCUAAGAAUGGCAAUUGAAGUGGAUGCAAGCCUUGAUUGCAGGAUUGAGCUUGAGAAAAGGAUCGGCCUUCAACUAGAAAUGGCAUCGCUUGAUGACCUUCUGAUUCCGUCAUUGCAGACCAGCGAUUCAGUGUUUGAUGUUGAUACCAUACAUCGAAUCCUGGUAAAUUUCCUGCAGAGGGUUGAAGAGGAAGGCUCCGAAGAGUCUUCACAAUGCGGUUAUGAAUCGGAUGGUCAGGGUGCUAAAUCUCCAAGUCACAGUUCGGUCUUGAAAGUGGGAAGGCUUAUGGAUGGGUAUCUUGCAGAGAUAGCACCAGAUCCAUAUCUGAAGCUGCAGAAAUUUAUGACAAUUAUUGAGCUAUUGCCUGACUAUGCUCGUGUGGUCGAUGAUGGGCUCUACAGAGCUAUUGAUAUAUACCUGAAGGCUCAUCCGUCUCUCACAGAGUCCGAAUGCAAGAAGCUAUGCAACCUCAUAGACUGCCAGAAGCUCUCCCAAGAUGCCUCAAACCACGCAGCCCAAAACGACCGCCUCCCCGUCCAAAUGGUCGUCCGCGUUCUCUACUUUGAGCAACUCCGCUUAAAAACUUCGCUUUCUGGAAACUUCGGCGACAGCUCAUUCUCCCAAAGGAUUGUGAACAGCAGUGGGGUCCCGAGCGCAGCAAUGUCCCCACGGGACAAUUAUGCAUCUCUCAGGAGGGAAAACCGCGAGCUUAAACUCGAGAUCUCAAGAAUGAGGGUGAGGCUUAGUGAACUAGAGAAGGAACAAGCAGUUAUGAAGCAAGGGAUGAGGGAUGGUAGAUCGGGCGAGCACGGGAAAGCCUUUUUUGCAUCUAUUUCCAAAGGUAUAGGCCGCAUAACAAUGCUCGGCCCAAAUGCUAGAAAGCAAUCUAAAAGUGCGAGGAAGUCACAAGGACCGACAGAAGGGAAGAGUCGGAGAAGACAGAAGCGAUCGGUCCUGUAACGAUGCAAGAAGUGCUUUUACUUGUUCAGUGUUCAGAGUAAACUCUGAACAGGGUUUUUGCAAGAAAGCCUAUCCAUCAUAUUGUUGAUUUUGCGACUUUGAUCCCUUUUUCUUCGGUUUUUGACAAUUUUGGGUUGAAAUCUCUCUUCAUGGACUGACAUUCCCAUAUAGCACUUCUUGGUGAUAAUUGAUGAAUUAUAUGUAUCUGAGAUUGCAGGCAGGACAUUUCGGUCCAUAAAACUGUACUCCAGUCCAAAAUUGCAAAUCCGAGAAAAGCCGAUCUAAGUUGGAGAAUUUGCAAAAUGGUCAACCACGAUCGAUCAUUGGAGAGUUUGCCGAUGAGCUGUAUUCGCCAUUGAACAUGGUGGGGGAUAGUGCAGGUGGAUGAGUAAUUAAAGUAAGAAAAGUGUAUUUUACAUCAUAUGCUACUCUAUGGCUGCUUCUUUCAAGCCAAUAUGUGCUUUUCAUUUCAGCUGUUUUAAGUAGAUUAGCGCUAGCUCACAGAGAUCUUUUAUCAAUUGCAGCUGGAAAUUGGUAUGUACUAUAUGCUUUUUAUGUGCACAGAGAAAUGCAAGGGGCAUCUUUAUCUUUAUUAUUAUGCAUUAAAGUAUCACUUUGGAUGUUUGUUUUAAAGAACU